GCGCCACGGGCUCACGGCUUUGCGGCGGACCCAACGAGAAGAUCCCACGUGGCCUCGUCUCCUCCUCGGCUCCGCGCCGCUCCUCCCUCCCGCUCCCACCGGCCACCGUCCCGCGCCCGGGGCCCCCGCCCUUCGGCCACCAUGCCCGCCGCCGCGUGCCCCGCGCCCGCCCGCCUCCUCCUCCUCCCCCUCCCGCUCCCUUCCCCUCCCCGCUUCCCACCCCUCGCCUCCGCCCGCAGCCGCCUCCGCGCCCUCGCCCCCGGCCCCGCCCGCCGCCCCUCCGCCGUCCGCGCGCGCCGCGAGUCCUCUCCGCCCUCCCCUCCCGCCCCGGUCCCCGCGGAUUCGCUGGACUGCGUCGGCACGGGCUCCGACGUCGAGUGCUUCGUCGACGCCGGCGCCGAGGACGCCGCCCCCCUCCUGAAGGCCGGCGAUGGGGAGGGCGACGCGGCGGCCCCGGCCUCCCCCGCGGCCGCGGGGAAGGAGCUCUGGGAGUGGGCGUCCCUGGUGUCGCCCUUCUUCUUCUGGGGCACGACCAUGGUGGCCAUGAAGGGGGUCAUCCCCCGGACGGGGCCCUUCUUCGUCGCCGCGCUGCGCCUGCUCCCGGCCGGCGCGCUGCUCGUCGCCUUCGCCGCCGCGCGCGGCAGGAAGCAGCCCUCCGGCUGGGACGCCUGGCUCGCCGUCGCCGCGUUCGGGCUCAUCGACGCCGCCUGCUUCCAGGGCUUCCUCGCGGAGGGAUUGCAGAAGACGUCGGCUGGACUCGGGAGUGUCAUCAUCGACUCGCAGCCACUGACAGUUGCUGUCCUCGCAUCACUGCUCUUUGGAGAGUCGAUCGGCGCGAUAGGUGUUGGAGGACUCGUGCUGGGUGUCGUUGGUCUCUUGCUUCUUGAGGUUCCAGCAUUGUCAGUUGAAGGAAAUGACACAACAAUCUGGGGAAGUGGAGAAUGGUUGAUGUUCCUCUCAGCUCAAAGCAUGGCAGUUGGAACUAUCAUGGUCCGCUGGGUGUCAAAGUACUCUGAUCCAAUUAUGGCAACAGGAUGGCACAUGAUUAUAGGUGGGCUUCCUCUGCUGGUUAUAUCUGUUCUGAACCAUGAUCCUGCUCUGAGUGGACAUAUUCAAGACCUUACAUGGAGCGACAUAUUAGCACUUGGCUAUACAUCUAUAUUUGGCAGUGCUGUCAGCUAUGGUGUAUACUUCUACAAUGCUACUAGAGGUAGCUUAACCACACUUAGUUCUCUCACUUUCUUGACCCCCAUGUUUGCAUCCAUAUUCGGGUACCUCUACCUCGGCGAGACCUUCUCAUCUGUACAGAUUGGUGGUGCACUUCUCACAUUGGUUGCCAUCUACAUGGUUAACUACAAAAGCAUUGUAGGCGAGAAGUAAGAGGUUAUCUGCAUAGUCAUGCCGGUGUCUAUCGCAUACAGGCGAUUGGCUGCUGCAUGCAGCACCUAUAAUCACUCGUUGGAGCUAGACAGGAAUCUGAAGACUAGAAUUGCAGGGAGAACUAUACAGGUUGGAGAGAGAUGCGCUCCAUUGCAGGUUUAGAUUGAAACGGCAGUAUAAUUUGGAGCAAAACCAAACAGGUCCUGUCAGCUCCGUCAACAUGAUUAGAUUGCCUGGUUGGGUUUGGGUCCUCGCACAGUCGCACACUUCUGGGUUAGCAAGGACAAAGCAGUAAUCUUUUUCUCUGUUUGCACAUCGCACGCCUAUUUGGGGCAGAGAAAAAUUAGGAUUCAAGCUGUAGUUGCUAAGCAUUAUCAGCUAGGGGGGAGUCCACCCGGUUGUACGUAGAGGAAAUUCCCUAUUUGAAUGAGUGGUUCCUUCUUUGGGCCUCAAAAUUUUUCUAUUCCCUAUUUGACACUGAGUUAAAGUUUUGUUUCCCUUUUCGA